GUGCUUCGUGUGCUCGUAACUCGUAUUUAGGGUCAUUUUGGCGUGCACGUGAACGCUGCAUCAGACCUCUGUCGUGGCUCGUGCCCGCGCUCGCGCUCCCGCGUCGUCUGUGAUAGCGUGUUCAAUAAGAACAAGAAGAAGAAGGAGAAGAAGACCGCUAGUUUAGUGUUUCCCCUGAAGGUUGCACGGGCAGGCGGGGCGUUCCAGAGCAGGACGUGAGAGAAACGCGGAAAAGCUGCUGCUGAUUUUUCGGCGCCCCGACUGGACCUCAUCCACACACCCACACACAGGCCGCUGUUGAGGAAUGGAAGCCGAUCAGAAUCAGGAAGCACCGGAGGCUGUUGCUCAGACCUAUGUGGCAGAGACAGACGUGCCCACUCCUGAGGAGGUGAAUGAGACAUACUCUGCUCAGGACCCUCCAGAGCCAGAGAAGCCAGCAGUGGAAGAUUCUAAACCAGAGAUGGAGUCCACAGAACAAGCACCUGAGGUGGAGUCUGCCAAAGAGAAUGCAUCCUCAGAGGCAGCUGCAGUGCUGGAGAAAUUGCCUGAGAAGGAGGAAGUAGCAGAGGAAAUCUCAGAGAAAGCUGUCGAGGUGGAAAAAUCUGCUGAGACACCAACCGAGGUUGAGAAAAAGCCAGAGAUUGAAGUGGUGGAGCAGCAAAUUGCUGAACCUGCAGAGCCAGAGAAGAAAGCAGAACCUGAAAAAGAUGGGAAAACGGAGCCUUCUGCUGCGAAUGAAGCUGCAACAUCCGAAUUGGAAAACGAGUCAGAGAAAGCAGAAGCCAAACCAACUGAGGCAGAGCAGGAAGAGCCUGCCGAAGCUCAAGUGGUUCAAGAUGAACCUCCAAAAGAGGUGGUGGCACAACCAAAAGAACCAGCACUCCCCAUGUUCUAUGGCUGGUUCCUGCUCUCUGAAGUUGAAGAGAAGAUAAAAUGUUCCACCAUGGAGUUCCUGAAGACGCUGGACACUCUGGAGGCCUUCAAGAAACAGAUCAGUGAAUUUACUGGGGACGCAGACAAGGAGGUGGAUCUGGAGCAGUACUUCCAGACCAAAAUUCCACUCCACUGCACUACUCAGUUCUGUGACUAUGGAAAGGCAGAGGGUGCAAAAGAAUAUGCUGAACUGCAGGUGGUUAAAAAUUCCAUUGACACACAAACGGAGCUAUCUGUUGUUGGUCUCAUUGUGACUCCUCGCACUUUCGGUGCCCGUGUGUCAUUGACCCCUGAGCAGCUGUCGCUGUGGCCAACUGGAGCUGAUAAAGUGGGUAUUCCUCAAGCAGACCUUGCCGGUGUCGAGACUCUCCCAGUGGGCAGCCGUGCUCAUGUGACCCUGGGCUGUGCAGCAGGUGUGGAGGCUGUUCAAACCGGUAUAGACCUGCUUGAGAUCCUGAUCCUCCAGCAAGGAGAAGAGAAGGCAGCCACCGAGGAGGAGCUGGAGCUGGGCACCCUCUCAUACUUGGGCAAGGGUCGCUGGUACCUGGCGCUGAGGGAGGCAGUGACAUGCGAUGCCACCUUCUCAAGCUUCUCUGAAGAGCUUCGUCCCACUGAACCAGCCAAGAAGGAGGGUGGGGAGAAAAAGAAGAAGCCAAAGUGCUCAAUUCUGUGAGGAGAUGGAGAGAGAUGCUGAGGGGUUGAUGGUGUUCUAGGGCUGAGACUGAUUUUGUGUAUGUGUGGUUUGUGUGUGAAUGUUUUUUCAGCGUUAGGGCUGAGCGUGGGCAAUUGGUACGUACUACACCAACUUACCAUUCCAAAGCGACCUCUCUUAGCAGGUGCCUUUUUCCUUUUCGCUUGGCAGCACAAGCACCAAGGCCUUAGAAAUCUGCCUUACUGUCAAGAAUCACAGUGCUGUAACUUGUAGUUCAUUCUGCGCUAGGUGCUCGCUCAAUUGGCAUUAUUCCUGUUUCCUCCUGCACUGCAGCAUUUGGUCUUCCCUGCACUUAAUGUAAUGGAUUGCUUAUCUAAAUGUAUUGAUCUAUUCGGGUGUAUGAGCAGCAGUCCAAGUUCCUGUUUUUCAAGCAGAUCGAUAAUUUGAUACCUCUAUGUAUUUAGAAAUUAGGCGGUCUGUAAUUGACAAAUGAAUGAAUUGUUAGGUCUGGUACAGUGUGUGACAGUUGGCCUUGAUGUGGUGUGUUUGUAGUAUGUCAAUGUUCUGUUUUUUCUUCUUUCCUCUUUUUCAGCUGUAAUAACAUUUUGUGAUGAACUUCACUCAGAUUGCAUGCUGUUAGUGUCCAGCUUUACAGUCACGCCCAACUCGUAUCCAUCUUUAAUGUGUACAGUCACAGACCUGUUAACAGUUUCUCCUUUACUACUAAUUAUCUCUCGGUAUUCAGUAUAGAUGGCUGUUUGCCCAUGGGAGUGAAACUUGCCUAACUCUCAUGUUCAUGCAGCAUUGCAGUUACUUCAUGGCAGAGGAGUUCCUGUGUCAUCUGCCACUUGUCAACUUGUAUUAUCACUUUCUGUAGCUUUUGAGCUAGUCUCACUUUUGCUCUUUCCAGCUGCUUUCACUUUUGACAAGCUGCACUUGGAAUACUGUGACUGGCCACUGCCCUGAUGCCUUCGUCUCUAAUGGGGUGGUACAAGGCAGAAGCCGUGCUUAUGUAGGCCUUGCACGUCGAGGCGCUGUAUUUUUGCACUUUUUUUUUUUUUUUUGUACACUUAAUAAAGAAUUUGCUUGGCUCUGACAA